UAGACAAGGAAAGGUUCGCCUCCAAAAAUGGUAUAUGUCAUAUCCAGAAAAGGAAAAGAAAAAAAUUUUGCGAGACAUUAUUCCUGUUAUUCUCAAUAGGAAGCCUAAAAUGUGUUCUGUUUUGGAUUGGAGAGAUAAGAAAAUUGUAUAUAGAAGGUUUAGAGUUUACUUGGUUUCAGCCUAUUACUUUAGAUAUGCUAGUCUUUAUUUCUGCUGUGCAAUUGAACCAGAAGACAAUGAAUUAUUAACACUUGAGGUUAUGCACCGGUAUGUCGAAAUUCUGGAUCGCUAUUUCGGAAGUGUCUGUGAGCUGGACAUAAUCUUUCACUUCGAAAAGGCCUACUAUGUGCUAGAUGAGUUGGUGCUCUGUGGUGAAAUGCAGGAGUCAAGCAAGGACGAUAUUUUGCGUGAUGUAGACGCACAAGACCUGCUUCAAGAGGUAUGUUUAGUUUCCUUAAGGCAUUAA